AUGGCUGAAAAUAGUGAGUACAUUAUAAUGUCUAUGUAUAAUAAUAUAACCAGUAAUGAUAGAUAGAAAUUAGUAGAUUACUUGGUGUCUAGGUAUCAGUUUAAUUGUUUGUAUUUGAACCAAUUGAACUUAGGCUAAAUCUAAACACCCAUUUCGAUUAACUAUUUGGUACAGAAUUCUUUAAAUGACUUAAUUAAAGAACUACAACACUAGAUAUUUCAUUUCUGACCUAUAGUUUUAAACCUUUUUUCAAAUCGCAACUAAUUAUUAAUAAUUUCGGUUAAUCCCAAACUAAACCUUUAGAUCCACAGGUUAAGAACCACUGCCCUAGACAUUCUAACUGAGUAAGCCUUUUUUUGUUUUAACAAACCUAAAAGUUUUGCAUGUUCCUAAAAAAUAGUUAUAAAAUCAAGAACCUGACCAUUAAUUGCUUCUAUUUAAAAGUAUACAAAAUUACAAAAAAUGAACCUUAUGAAAUGUUUUAUGAUAUUUUGACAUGUUAUCCUAGAUUAAAAAUUCAUAGGUAAUUCACAUCUAUAGUAACUACAGAUUAUAAUUAAGGAAAAUAUUUUGAAAUGUAAAUUUAUAUUGACAUACGUUUUAAUUUAUAUGUAAUUUUUCAUUAUUUUUAAAUAUAAUUUGCUUAGCUGAACAGUUUGAAGAAAACUUGAUUUCAUCAUUAAGACAUUGUCGUAAAGUGUCACGCAAGCUAAAACAGAUAACUAUUAAUUUGGCAGAUUUAAAUUUUAAAAAUCAAGUAAAUUAUUAAUAUAAGUACAUAGAUACCUAAUUGUUCAAAUUGGAAUUAUUAAUAUUAUUAUUAUUGGAAAUAUUAUUAAUUUUACAUGUAUAAUCAUUAUUUGUAUUUUUAGAUAGAUGUAAUCUAUUAUGAAGAAAAUGUUGACCUAAGCAUAAAAAAUAUAUUAGACGAUGUACAAAAUAUACGUAGUAAUUUAAGUGCUAUUGAAAACACAGAUGAUGAUAGUUUUGAUAAAGUAAAUAAUUUAAUUUCUGUAAAAAAGUCUUAUUCCUAACAAAAAAAUAAUUAACUAAUAUAAUACAGCAAAACUCUAAAGAUUCUAUCAAAUAGGAAGCGGAAUUUCCUUGUUGAACUUGUCAUUGUAGGUAGUCCGCUUUCUGUUUGAUUGAACUUAAGGGUGUCAAAUUGAGAUUCUGGCACUCAGGUAUCCCUAAGCCUAAUCAUAAGUCCUACCAAAAAAAGUAUAAUUUAAUAACAUAACAACUUUAUAGACUGCAUUCAAUUUAGAAGAAAAACUUCAAGAAUUUCAAAGUAUUAUCAACAUUGUAUCCAAAAAUAAAAAUACUAUUUUUUCACACCGUAUGUUUUUUAAAUCUUUUAUUUUGUACAAAAUAAUUGCUAAUUAAUUGUUUAUUUUUUUAGGAACUUUAUUGUAG